AAAAAGAAAAGAAAAUAAAAAAAAUUCCAAAACUAGCCCUAAAACAAAAGCUCCAACCCAAAACCCCCUAAAAAACCCUAGAAAUACCAAAAGCUCUUCAACACGGAAGAAAUUAAGAACAGUGGCAAAUUGCAGACGAAUAUGGUACUUGGGCUCAGACAAUUCACCGACAGAAGAGGAGACGGUGCUGGAGAACCCGUUCUCGAUACCGACAAUGGCGAGGAGCUGAUGCACGUCCAGCCUGGGGUUGCCAUCGUCAUAGGCAAUCGUUCGCCGGAGUCUCAUGGCACUCUCUAUAUCUCCACCAAGAAAGUGGUAUGGUUGAGUGAUGUGGAUAGGGCAAAAGGAUAUUCUGUUGAUUUCUUGAAUCUGUCGCUGCACGCAGUUUCAAGGGAUCCUGAGGCUUACUCGUCUCCUUGCAUUUAUACUCAGAUUGAGACAGAAGAUGGUGAAAAUGAGUCGGAUGGUUCAGAUUCAGAAAGCAGUGAGAUCUUGGACCUAUCAAAAAUCACAGAGAUGCGGCUUGUUCCAUCAGAUCCCAGCCAGUUGGAUACUCUGUUUCAGAUAUUCUGUGAAUGUGCCGAGUUAAAUCCUGAACCAGUUGAUGAGGCUGAAGAAGAGGGGCACAAUUGGGUUUUUAGUGCUGAUCAGAUGGUAGAUGACACUGCAGAGUUGGAAGAUUCAGAAUGUUAUUUCUCUCAAAAUCCAACAAGCUCAAUUGGUCAUUCAAAUGGGGAUCAUGAUGUAGCUCGUAGAGUGCUUGAGCUUCAAAUCAAUGAUCAACGGUUUGAAGAUCCAGAAGAGAUGGAGCAUGGAAGUGACGGUGGCCAUCAGUGAACUUGCAUUGCUGGGGUUUCUAAUAAUUCUUCAACUGCUAGACAUUUCUUACUGUGUAAAAUUUUGUUCUGUCUCUAAAUAUCGGAUAGGUUUCAGAACUGCAAUGUUGUUUUGUAGUGUCUUCUAACAAUUUGUGCGUGUCUUGUUGAGACUCUUAAUGCAGAAGUAAACAUGUACUGGUUAAUCAGAUUUAAUUAUUAUCAACAUUGAUAAAAAAUUUGACGUGCAUCUUUCUGUUCAA